CUUAGCGGCGAAAAUGUCAAACAUUACUACAAAUACUUAAAUCUCGAUUACUCGUUUUAUCAUCGUCGAUGUUCACUGCGUGAUAACGGUUGACAUGGACACACGAUACGCGGUACCUAUUGGCUAUUAUAAUAACAUAGUUUGUUAUUUAAUACGGUUUUGCGGUCUGCGAUGACGGCUGAUGUGCGACGGCUUGGGAUUAGAUCGAUGAAUUACACAGUUUCUCGUUAAUUACGUUUCGUUCUCUAUCCCAACGAUUGGCGCGAUUAGCAGUGGGUUGAGUUUGUUUUUUUUUUUUUUGUAAAAUCACGACGUUCGUCCGACGCCUGAACGCCCUGAACUCGUCGUUACGUGGGAACUUGCCACUUGGAUAUUAUUUAGAUAUUUUGAAUCCUGUUUGAAAUAACCAUGAAGCCCAUAACCGAGGUCAGGGUUGUUAAAACCACAGAAUCGGCAUUCAUCAGACCGUUUUCAUUAAUAUUUAAACAAGGAGGAAAUGAAAUUAAAUGGGACUUAAUUGAUAGCCAUAAUGGAGUUUUUGUGAUCAUUUACAACAGGACCAGAAAUACAUUGGUGUGCGUUAAACAAUUUAGACCCGGUGUCUAUUAUAAAAGUAUACCAGAAUGUGAUAGGCCGAAAGAUGGAUACAUUGACACUGUAAAGUAUCCACCCAGUAUUGGUUUGACUGUAGAAUUUUGUGCUGGUAUAGUUGACAAAAACAAAACUCUUGAAGAAAUAGCUGUUGAUGAAGUCCGAGAAGAAUGUGGUUAUGAAGUCAAAGUCUCAGAUAUGGAAAAAAUCAUCAGUUGUAGAGCUGCCUUGAGUACAGCUGGUUCAAUUAUGACAUUUUUUUAUACUGAAGUCACUGAUCAAAUGAAAAUUUCUGAAGGAGGUGGUCUUGUGCAUGAAGGAGAAGACAUCGAAGUCGUGGAAUAUACUAUACCACAAAUUAGAGAUAUAAUCACACAAUCAGAAGUGUUAAAUGGAUCAUCUAGUUUUCUUUUUGGCUUAAUGUGGUUUUUGACUAACAAAAUUGUUUUAAAUAAUUAAAUUUCAAUAAAUUACACCAUUAAUUUAAUAUUUAAUAAGU